AUGCAACCCCUCCACACAAGUGAUGAGGGACCAAGGACGUGUUCAGUCAGUCUGCUAAGCCUGGCAGAGAUUCCCAUACCAAGUGUGCCUGCGUUCCAGCCGUCCACCCCCAUCCCUGAGCGCCUGGAAGCUGUACAGCGCUACAUCAGGGAGCUUCAGUACAAUCACACUGGGACACAAUUCUUUGAGAUUAAGAAGAGCAGACCUCUGACUGGGCUGAUGGACCUGGCCAAAGAAAUGACCAAAGAGGCCCUGCCAAUAAAAUGCCUGGAAGCUGUGAUCCUGGGAAUUUACCUCACCAACAACAUGACCACGCUGGACCGUUUCCCCAUCAGCUUCAAAACCCACUUCUCAGGGAACUACUUCCGACACAUUGUGCUGGGGGUGAACUUUGGAGGCCGCUAUGGGGCACUGGGCAUCAGCCGACGUGAGGAGCUCAUGUACAAAGCACCCGUCUUCCGCACACUGAGCGAACUCAUCUUUGACUUCGAGGAGGCAUAUCGCCGCUGCUGGCACACUCUCAAAAAGGUGAAGCUGGGCCACUGUGUGUCCCAUGACCCACACAGUGUGGAGCAGAUUGAGUGGAAGCACUCCAUCCUGGAUCUAGACAAGCUAACCCGGGAAGACUUCCGCAAAGAGCUUGAGAGACAUGCCCGUGACAUGAGGCUAAAGAUUGGCAAAGGAACUGGGCCACCAUCUCCCACAAAGGACAGAAAGAAAGAUGUCUCCUCUCCACAAAGAGGUCAGGCCAGCCCUCAUCGGCGCAACAGCCGUGGGGACCGACGGCCAUCUGGUGAGAAGAAGCCUGCCGAUUCCAAAGCCAUGCCAGACCUCAAUGGGUACCAGAUCCGGGUGUGAAGAGAGCUGUGCCUUGUGUGCUUGGCUCCACAGACUUCUUGCUGGCCACAACUGGGACCUGGAUCCACCUGCAGUGAUUCUGACAAAGGGGACAAGGGAGCAGGAGCGGAACAGAAUGCUGAUCUUCCCAGGUACUUCCUAGUGGGCCAGUCCCAGAGCUGGAUCCCAUGGGUCCCAGAGGAUUCACCUGCCUGUUUCUGGGAGAGGUGUCCAUCUUAGUUCACUGAAACAAGUAUUUUUUAAAAAAAAUAAAAAAGAUCUGUACAUUGGUGGGAAUUUGCUGCAGGAAGAAUACAAAAUGAGUGGGGUCAGCAGACGUGCUAUCAAUUUUUUUGCGUUGACAGCAAGUAGAUGAAGUAUCUUGUCAACAGUACUUCUUCCCUGUCUGCACAGAAGUCUUCAACUCAUGCAAGGCCUGCAGGGCUGAGAGAGAAGUGAUUCUG